UUUUUUUUUUUAACCAUGAGCAAUGAGGCGGUGCUAAAAAUCCAACUGACCAAUUAAAAAUCAGAACAAUUAGGGCGGUAUUGUAUGACGUCACGCAUAUGUUUAACGAAUGCAAGAAAUCUGAACGGAGGUGUCUAACUAUACUGGAAUCGGUUGUGUUGCUCAACGGUCAGGAAUGUCAGCGACAGCGGGUAACGACAGUGGAGCGAGACUCAACCAGUUUAAAAAUAAAGGGAAAGAUGCUAAUGAGCUGAGGCGCACAAGAGCGGAAGUCAAUGUGGCGCUCCGAAAAGCCAAGAAGGAUGAUCAGAUCCUCAAGAGGCGAAACGUCCACAUCCCUAUGGACGAGCCAGCGUCCCCUCUGCAAGAGAAAGUUCGCAACGCACAACCUCAUCAGCAGCAGCACUGGACUGUGAAGGAGAUUGUUGAAGGUUUUAACAGUCAGAAUCUAGAGUUUCAGCUCCAGGCAACGCAGGCAGCCAGAAGGCUCCUUUCCAGAGAAAAAGACCCACCUAAUGACAGCAUCAUUGCUGCCGGACUCAUCCCAAAGUUUGUUAGUUUUCUGGCGCUGUCUGAAUGCCCCCCCAUCCAGUUUGAGGCAUCUUGGGCCCUGACUAACAUUGCCUCAGGUACUUCAGACCAGACUGCUGCUGUAAUAGAUGGAGGGGCCAUUCCAGCUUUCAUCAGCCUGGUGACAUCGCCCCAUCAGCACAUCAGUGAACAGGCCAUUUGGGCCCUGGGUAACAUUGCAGGUGAUGGGCCCAGUUCCAGAGACCUAGUGAUCAAACAUGGUGGUCUCAAUCCACUUCUAGCUUUGCUGUCAACCUUCGACCUAUCUGCAUUAUCUCCAGGCUAUCUGCGCAAUGCCACCUGGACCCUAUCCAACCUGUGUCGGAACAAGAACCCGGCCCCUCCUUUGGAGGCGGUGCAGCAGCUGCUUCCAGUCCUGGUGCGCCUCCUAUACCAUGAUGACAAGGAGGUCCUGGCGGACACUUGUUGGGCUUUGUCCUACCUAACCGAUCACACCAAUGAGAGGAUAGAGCUGGUGGUGCAGGCUGGCGUGGUGCCCCGUCUGGUGCAGCUUCUCAGCUCUGGGGAGCUCAGUGUUGUGUCUCCAACCCUGCGCUCACUUGGCAACAUUGUGACAGGGACAGAUGACCAGACCCAGUGUGUGCUGAAUGCAGGUGCUCUGGCAUUGUUCCCCAGCCUUCUGCGCCACCAAAGGCCAGACAUCCAGAAAGAAGCAGCAUGGACAGUGUCCAACAUCACCGCCGGCAAGAAUAACCAGAUUCAGGAAGUUAUAAACGCAGGCCUGAUACCCAUCCUCGUAGAGCUCCUCCAGCAGGGAAACUUCAAGACCCAGAGGGAGGCAGUGUGGGCUGUUACCAAUUACACCAGUGGUGGAACAUUGGACCAGGUGGCCUACCUGGUACACUGCAAUGUGCUAGAGCCUCUGCUCAAUCUACUGACAACCAAAGACAGCAAGAUUGUUCUAGUCAUCCUGGAUGCAAUCUACAAUAUUUUACAGAUGGCAAACAAAACUGGAGAACUUGACAGACUGUGCUUAAAGGUUGAGGAGCUGGGUGGUUUGGACAAGAUUGAAGCCCUGCAGUCCCAUGAAAAUGAAGCAGUCUACAAGUCCUCUUUUAAUAUUAUAGAAACAUUCUUCUCUGACAAGAAUGACACUGAAGAGUUUAUAGUUCCUGGAUCCAGUGAAGUCUGCUAUGCCUUCCACAUCCCUGAAGACCAAGGCACUUUUAAAUUUUAACAUGUCCACUUUGCUUUUUGUAACAUAAAAAAAUGGAAAUUCUUGUUGUUUUUUGUAUUUUUUUUAGUAAUUUCAACUUUGUACCUAACAGUAUGGAGAAAAAAGUAUACAUGUUUUAAGAUUUGUAAAUAAACUUUUAUUAAUGCAUA